CGAUCUUCCGUGUGUACUGGAAGACAAGUCUAAACCAGCAGUCUGUUCUCGACCAACAUUGGGAAGGAGCACAAAAAUGAAAAUUACGACGAAAAUGAGGAGAAAGAAUGGAUCAAUAAUAACGCGUGAAGAUUAGAAGAGGAUUCGAAGAGGCGGUUAUGAAAGGCGCUUAAAAUGUCUGGAACCGAGGCUCAUGGCGGUGAUACGAGUCCCACGGGUCAGCCAAGACAGAGUAGAAUUCACAGCGUUGGAUUACCGGCUCGCACGUCCCUGCUUCCGGAACCCCCGCCUACCGGAAACGGUACUCCACCACCGAUUCCACGACGCCAUUCAGCCACACCUGCGGUAGCUCCGCCACCGAUACCACUGCGAUUACCAGCGAUUCCUAAGCGAAGCAAAAACGAGAAACCUAUACCGAUACAAUCGUUGACGAGACAAGAAACAAAUCUAUCAACCAACGAUCAAACAUCGUCGAUCCUAUCCUCUUCCUGGACUCACGAUUCGAACAAUGAGAAACUGAUCGAUCUCGGUCCGUUCCGGUCUCAAGAUCAAUCGGCUAAUCAAGACUAUACAUUGAGCUUUUCGGAUAAAGAGGCGCGGAAUACGAAUCAGGACAACGAUUUCGUGGCGGAUUUCGAUAAAGCGAACUUUGAAGAGGAUUGCAAGCUCCGUCAGAAGUCGAGCUUCGAGGAGCUGCAGAAAGCUUCUCGCGAUCUUGAGAAGAGACUGCACGAGAGGAUCGUAAAGAGUGCAGAGUCGAAGUUUAAAGAUCAGCAGGGGGUCAGGGACGGACGUCAAAGGCAGACGGUGAAUCUGCAAAAUGAUAGGUUUCACUCUUCGAAGAUGGAGAAGGAGAACGAUGGAGAUGGCUGCGAGGAAACGGUAAGCGGAAAAUCUCGGGACAAAAUAACCCCGUCUCGAAUGGAGGCUCUGCAGGAGGACGAGACGAAGUUCGCGGCGUUGGUGAGGUCGCGUCGCGAAGUAGAGAAACGAUGUAAGUUCGAGGAACUUCAGGCUGUCUCGAAGAAGCUGGAGAGACGCUUGCACGAGGAGGAUGAUCAUCUUCGUGGAUGUAAAGAGAGAUCCAUCGGAAGGUACGAGGAGCUUCAGAGAGCAUCGCAAGACUUGGAGAGACGUUUGCAUUCCGAGCAGAAAUCAUCGGAAGCGAUGGCCCGUGGAAAAUACGAGGCGGAGAUGGAUAGAGCGAGGAAUAUCCUACAGCAUAUUCUACGAAAGGAUAGGAACUGCGGCGAGAAACUAGAGAAACUGCCGAAGGCAACCCAGACGAAUCUUCCACCGCCUCUGAGCGCAGUUUGUCAGAGUUCAGUGCCGAAACCCAUCAGCGUACGACAGGAUAGUAACGUUUCUUCGGAUAGUUUCAGUCAAACCAGCUCGCCUAGCUACACCAGCAAAACUAUGGAAGCUCCUCUUCUUCCUCAUAAAUAUGGCAAGGUUCCAGACAGAGCACUCGUGUCAGAGCCAGACAAUUCGUCGAACAGGACCAUUACAAAAUCAACCAGCACCCCUGCUAGUCUACAGGCAAUUGUCAGAGUUCACGGUGGUAACAACAGCUCGUUACAUCAUAAGAUCAUUAGGGACAUGACGAACAGCCGUUAUGUGACCACAGGGAGGCUUCGACUUAGGUUCGUGCAAGUGUUUUUUAACGCUGUUGCAUUGUUGAUCAUCGCUGGAGGUUUGGCCAUAUACUUCAAAUCGUAUCUGGAGACUGUGAUACGAUUGGAGAACAAAACGAUCUACAGCAACGUGAUGGCGUUGAUGGAACGAACGCCAGCGCCGAUCGAGCAGAAGAAUCCAGCACCGGGAGUCUGUCUACCUGUGAUCGUGACCUUCUGCCAGCAUCACAAGGUCCCCUAUAAUUUCACCGUGUUCCCGAAUUACAUGGGUAAUGUCGCGCAGCGCGACGCUCAGCACGUGCUCGAGCAUUACGACACCGUGAUCGACGUCAGAUGCUACGAAUUGACCGCCCUCUUCUUGUGCAGUGUUUUUGUGCCGAAAUGUGGAUCACGGGGACACAUCGUGCAACCCUGUCGUAGCCUGUGCUUCGAAACCAAGAGACGUUGCGGCUUUUUCUUGAACGUAUUCGGCCUGACUCUUCCGGACGAUCUGGAAUGCGAUUUGUUUCCGGAAAAUCCGAAUCCAGACGAGUGUGUCGGCCACCAAGAGGUGCUGGAAGCAGCCAAGAGAGCGGAGAAACCCAUAUGCACCAGCGGUUUCCAAUGCGAUCGGACCAGGUGCAUUCCGGUUGACUGGAGAUGCGACGGCCACUUGGAUUGUGCCGAUCAUAGCGACGAGAUUGGAUGCGGCGAGUGCACUCUAUCAUCCUCAUCCUCCUCCUCUUCAGUCUCCACCUUCAACACGAAAAUAGUAAAGAAGCCCAUUCUGGCGAAGAACACCGACUCCAAGUCGCCGUUGCAUUGCGGAGAGAGAAGAUGCAUGUCCGCCAGUCUAAUCUGUGACGGUGUAAUGGAUUGUCCCUGGGGUCAGGAUGAACGCUAUUGUUUAAAGCUGAGCAAACGGAACGGGGACAUGGGUGAAGGAAGAUUAGAGGUUUAUCACGCCGAGAUGGGCAAGUUUAUGCCGGCCUGCAUUUCGCAUUGGGAACCAAACUCGGCUAAAACAAUCUGCUCCAUGCUCGGCUACACGGUUGAUGUGUCAUCGAGAUUGAUGGCUCGUGAGUAUAUCAACAUCACGCAAACCGAACCCAAAAACCUUCUCAAAGAAUUUCAGGAUUGUAUCACGGAUCAGGAGGUGUAUCCCACGGUGGAGCUGACGUGUUCCAAUUAUGCAUGUGGACGAAGAAGGACGGUUUACGGAAAUUCGAGGGUGACAACGAGGAUUGUCGGUGGCGUGGAAUCGUCACCUGGUGAUUGGCCAUUUUUAGCAGCCCUUCUCGGUGGACCGGAACAGAUUUUCUAUUGCGCCGGUGUUUUAAUUGCCGAUCAGUGGGUUUUGACAGCUUCACAUUGCGUUGGAAAUUUCAGUUACUCUGAUGUAUCUGGAUGGACGAUACAAUUGGGUAUCACUAGGAGACACUCUCACACUUAUCUGGGACAGAAGCUGAAGGUGAAGACUGUGGUUCCUCACCCGAAUUACAAUUUGGGGGUUGCUCAAGACAACGACGUGGCUUUGUUCCAGCUGGAAAAGCGAGUACAGUUUCACGAACAUUUAAGGCCAGUCUGUUUGCCAAGUGCUAACAUGCAUCUCACGCCUGGGACAAUUUGUACCGUGAUCGGUUGGGGCAAGAAAAACGACACCGAUUCAUCGCAGUAUGAACCAUCUGUGAACGAAGUCCGAGUUCCAGUGCUGAACAGAGAAAUUUGUAAUUUGUGGCUUGCGGUGAACGUAACCGAUGGAAUGAUUUGCGCCGGUUAUGCAGACGGAGGAAAGGAUGCGUGUCAAGGUGACUCUGGGGGCCCUUUAUUAUGUCAAGAUGAACACGACAAAGAAAAAUGGUUCGUCGGUGGUAUAGUAAGUUGGGGCAUAAAUUGUGCUCAACCAAAGUUACCAGGUGUCUAUGCAUACGUACCGAAAUAUGUGCCCUGGAUUAGAAGCGAGAUAGCUAAACACUCUGACAUGGGUAUGGGUUGAUAAAAAAGAACGAAGAUGAGAUCCAAUACUGGCUCGUAAGAUCUAAUUAAACGUAUAAAGUUAAGACAAUAAUUGUUAGCGACAAUAAGCUGUGGGUACUUUCUAGUCGAUGCUCUAAGAAACUUUGUUACCAAGUAUAUACACCUAGUUAGAUACAAUUAUUAUAGUUGUUUGCGUUGAUCUAACUGGCAAAGGUUUCACUUUGUUACGGAAAACGGUGUUCUCUUUUAAAUAGCACAUUUUGAGACGUUGUACCUUCAUCGAACUUUAAAGACAAUACAGAAAAUCUCUACACUGACAGAUAUUUUAGAACUUGACAUUUUCAUAAUUUUCAGCUGAAUCAAAAUAGUCGAGGACUUCCUCGUUUCUUAAUAAGAAGAAGAAUUAAUUCUUACACUCAUCUCAUUCUUUCUUUUCAGUCACGUCAAAUUUGACAAUAUAAAAGGACACCUUAAAAAGAAAAAAUUGAUCGAUAUGGUUCAGAAGUUUCAUGAUUCCUUCAAAGUUAACCGUGUUAUUCAAUUUCCAUUUCCACGCGUUUUCGAGUAUUUUACAAUCUAGUCGAAUGAAACUAGACGACGAACAGGAGGACGUUCCACUUCGAUCAAUUUCUAAACGCGUGUGUGUCUAUGAUAGGAAACCUAAGUAAGAAUGCGAAACAAAGCAACGGUGAAAUAAAUGGAAACAUAUUACGAGGGAAGAAAGCUUCGAUAAAUGAACGAGCUUUCGUCGCCAUUUUCUAGAAAUCAAAGCUCGUGUGUAAUCUAGAAACGUUUGUAAAUUAACGGAAGCAGUGCGUAGAAGGCAAAAUCUAAUACGAAACGAUCAGACAAAUAUUUCGCAUCAGAUGCGACUGAAAAAUAUAAAAUAAAAAUACAUUUUCUAUCGCCAUGUAUGCGCCACAAAGUGGCGAUGAGUCAAAGGGUGUGCGUUUUUUAUUCGACUCCAAAUUGGGUAAAAGAUGGAUAGCGUUUAUGAUACGAAUUCGUGAAAAAUAGCAUUCAAAAAUGAAGAAAAAAAUAGGUGGAUAAUUUUGUACGAAUUUUAUAAACGCACACCCGGUGUAGGAAAAGUGUCCUACGCAUGCUGCAUAAGAUGCACUUAUGUAUUGAUAGGUAAUCAUAAGGGUAAGGAUUUAGAAUGUUAACUAUUAUUGAUACGACUAAUAUAAGAUAGAUGUUUGUUAACGUAAAUAUAAUAUUAUGGUAUAUGUACGUGUCUAGAAUUAUAUGUGUUAAUUAUAUACUAAUGUAAAGGCAGAGAAACAUAUACAAAUACGUAUGUAAAAAUAGAUUAUACGUGUACGUGUUAGGAUUGGAGCUGAGCGAAUUUGAUAGCUUAAUUUUCGAAUCAUUACCUAUGAAAUAUUAUUAAAAAUACAACGUUUUAUAGUAAAAACGUAAUUCUGAUUAAAAGAAAUAGAAAUCGAAUUUCCUCUAAGACAAUAAUGAUAAAUCACACCAAUAUUUGAUUACCAACAAGUAACAGGGAUAAUUAAUCAAAAUUAAUUAAAAUGAUCUGGUAGCUCAGCUUCCUAUUUAAAGCUUUGAAUAUAUACGUAUUAAUAUAAUAUCUCGUUUAUGUUUCGAAUGUGAUCAUUAAAGAAUAAGGAUAUUUGAAACAUAAAUGGUACAUUAAGAAAACGAGUGCCGCUUCUAGUGUCACAUUAGCGCAAUGACGAGGAAUUAGAUUAGAUUAUAGGCUAAAUACAUGUUGACUGAAUUCUAGGGACAAUACUCUGCACCAGCACUUUUUUGAUCCGCACCCGCAGAUGGAAAAGAAUAGUUUUUAAUGCGACUAAUACUUUGUACUGGAUGUAUAUUGUUUACGAUGAAAAACUAGGAGCCUUACUAAUUGACUUAGACUUUUUCUAAGCGAUAAGAUUAGCGGUAUUGUUGGUCAGGACAAUAAUAUUUCCACUCUUCUUCACUUUUUUUCAAAAGUUUUUCCAUCAAAUUUCAAUUAAAAUCGAUACGAUUUCUCAAUUUUAAGAAAGAUAUUAUUCUAAAGCCUGAAAAAUAUCUUCUUCUUUCUUCUUCAAUCCAUUUUCGGAAGCCUAACGCUUCUUCUCGCUUCUCAACAUCCUGUUUCGCUAAUUUUCUCAUCCGAAAUUCCUAUUUUCAAUAAAAUGCUCAUUUUUAAAAAAAUGACUAUAAAACUUCAAUAGUAUUUCUUUGAACUCGUUUCCAGAAGUUCGACGCUUGUUCUCGCUUUCUAGAAUUCCGGUUCGUUGCUUUUCCUAUUUGAAUAUCUCUUGUUUGAACGAAAUGCUCACUUUGCUACCCCAAAUAAACGCGCGUUAGAGGAUUAAAGUCUUCCUUAGUAUCCAGACAACAGUUAGUUGUAAGCGAGGAGUUAAUGUAAAUUAAUAAUAACCGACAAUGCUGUGUGAGCAGACAAUAAAUAAUAUUAGGAAAUGAUCCAACAUGGACAAUAAACUAGUAUAUAAGCACUCUAGGGUAAUAUAAUUUUAAGCGUAAUGUUUAUGGUGACUGUUGCAUAGUUUUCUGUUUUGUGUGUGAAUGUGAGUGUGUGUUGUUGCGUUUCGAUUGUUAUUAGCUGUAUGUUUAAAUGAUAAUUUAACACGUUGACUGUCGUAGUGAAGAUAGAAUAGAUAACAUAAAUUAUGUUAUCCUUGUUUUCUUUGAAUAAUUAUUUGAUUAUAUUACAUUCGAAACCUUUUUCAAAUAAUUAAAAAAUGAAAACAACAGAAUAUUUCUAAAAUGGUAAAUUGAAGCACUGUAUCAAAAAAUGAAUUUUUAAUAAAUAUAAUUGUCUCUACUACGGCAGUCAAGAUGUUAAAAAGUGGCGGAUGUAAAUUUAGCAAUUUUAGAGACAGACAGAUAUUGAGGAACCUAAAUUCUAAAAUAGAGGUGGCUAAAAUAUUUCAAGCCUUCAAACAUCUUACGUUUCAAGAAACAUAAAAUAAUUCUAAAAAAGAAAUAUCCAUGUUCGAAUUAAGUUCCAGCAAUUAUUUCUUUUUUGACCAUAGUAUCCGGCAGCGAUUGUAUCGAUAAAUAAAAUAGUAAACCUUUAACGUAAGUUUCUGCCUGUCAUAGUACUUCAAAUAAUUUACAUAAAUCUUUGUUAGCCUGCGUGCGAGUAUAAAGAGAAGAGUAUUAAACGCACCGAAACGAUGAAGUUAAAAAUCAAAUGGACAAUCAGGAUUCUUAGAAGGUGUUCGAUGAUAUUUUUCUAAACUGACGAGGUGAUGUGAAGUACCUAUACUCUGAGCAAUCUCUUCAUUUUAUUCCAUACAAGAUAUUCAAAAAAAUAUCAUAAAUGACAAAUAAUCGUAUGUUUAUUUAUCAGAAACGGCAAUCGUAUUAUAAUUCAAUACUACCAUGUCAUAUAUUUAAUUUAUGAAUAUUUUCAUAAAUAUUCCUUAUGAUCAAAGAGGAUAGGUAUUGUGAAAAGAAUGAACGUGAAUAGAUAGUGUUCAGUGUUUAAAGAGCGUGAAUUAAACGAUGGUUUUUGUUUCAUGGAUAAUUUAAAUGGUUUUCUACGCGCAAGUCAAUACUUGUAGUCAAUACUUUAGGAGUAGGGAUAUCGUGUUUUCACAUGUAGGUGAUGGUUGUAAAGUUUGUACAUGUUAAGUAUGUGAAACCUUCGAGUAAACCUUUUUCACUUCAGUUAAAUAAUUAUUUUAUAGUAAAUAAAUGUCUUUGUAUUGUUAUUGACGCCUAAGGGUGCUUGAGAAAUUCACUAGGUACCUAUGAAGACACAGAAUCUGAUAGAUACUUAGGGAUACUUAUGGUGUCCUAGGAAAUCAUGUGUUUACCUAUGAAGGUAUAAGAGUAUUUAAUGGGUGCCCAGGUAUCCCUAUGAUUAGUUAUGGAAGUCUGGGAAUACCUAUGGAGACUUAGGGAUCCCUAGGGAAAUAUUGCAGUAUCUAAUAGGUACCUAGAUAUAGCUACGAAAGCCUAGGGAUCCCUAUGGAUAUCUAUGGAAGCCUAAGGAUCCCUAUGGGUACCUAGGGAAAUAUUGCAGUAUCUAAUAGGUACCUAGGUGUACCUACGAAAGCCUAGAGAUCCCUAUGGAUAUCUAUGGAAGCCUAAGGAUCUCUAUAAAUAUCUAUGGAAACCCUAUUUAAAAACCUAGGGAUCUCUAGGAGUGCCUGUAAGUGCCAAUGGGUGGUUAUGGAAGCCUAAUUUUUAGGAUGCUGAUAAUUACUUUGACUCGAGGGUGACACGAAAUGCUGCGCACAAAAUACCGGUGUCAUUAAGGAAGAAUCUUCUUCAGAAAGAAGACUCGACAGCUAGGUCUUCGAAAGAUAAAAUUACGGAACUGCGUAACUACUCCUGUGAAGUCAAUGUCGAUUAGCGAGCUAUCCUAACGAUAAACUGUAUUCAAUUAUCGAUAAGAAAUGCUACUCGUAAGCUGUUUAAUAACGUAGUAUACUCUUGCAUACACACGUUAGAAAUAUAUUUGUAUAUCUCGAAGGGUUUACACUCGAACAUAAAAACAGGCUAAUCUUAAGCGAGAUGAAUUCUAAGGAAAGAAUUGCGAAAGAAACGUAUCUGACGAACAGCUAUGGUGAACGAUAAAUUUAUGAAAUAUUUAGAAAUAUUUAUGAGAAUGCAAAGAAACGUUGCCAGUAUACAAUCGUUACUUGAGCUUGAAGGUAUUAAAUCAACGAUCACUCGAGCCCGAGCCGAUCAAAUUAACGUCAAUUCGACAUUUCCGUAGAGAAAGAAAUGAAGAAAGUAAAAUUGUAAGAAAAGCGACAGGAUGAAUGAAUAUUUUGAACGAUUCGACUCGUGUUUGAUGGAUCACAAUUUAAAAUAAUCUGCUCUGAGAUCUUUCUUUUGAAAAAACAUUCAGUUUUUAACAAUUUAAAAAAGAUUCAAUUAAUAAGAUCAAAUCUUCACCAAAUAAUUUCACUGUUUCUUUGAAAGAUCACGAGCAAUCCGUAAGAAAACAUAUAUACAGGGUGUUCCAAAAGGAAACGACGUUUUCCUUGAAACAGCCUGUAGACGAAAUAUUACACCAAGUACGUAUAUACUCGUGUAAUUAACCGCGUGUUGAAAACGCAUUUAUACGCUACGUGUUUCGUCCCGUGUUCUGUUCACCAGAAAUCGUCCAUCAAAGAAAUUAUUUACAACGAAAGGCAGAAACAAUCAUAGCAGUCGUACGAUCGCAAAAAUAAAUUGUUUAAUCCUUGCCUAAUAGACCCACUUCAACUAAUUGUUAGCAAACGAUGAUAGUCGAAUAGAACACGGGGUUGUUUAAAUGUGAUUGCUUCUUGUGCCCGGCACAAAUCCUAAUCGUACAAUCAGUGGUCUAUAUAUACAUUAAAGAAAAUUGCUAUGUUUGCAGAAUUAUCGAGUAAUUAUAAAAUAAGCGAUUAGAAAGGUAAAAUGAUAAGUGAAACGUGUAUAUUAAUUAACUGGUAAGCUGAUGUUUCUAUGUUGUGUAUAUGUUGCAUAGAUGUACAUAUAUACAUGUAUACACGCACGCAUACGUAUAUUUAUGAUGUGCAUACAACAGUACACGUAUAGACAAUGCUGAGUCUAAAUAAGCUUUUCAGAAGUCAAACUGAUUGAUUAAAUUUUUGUUAAUUGAAUGCAGGAUUUUUUAAUAGACCAAACCUUUAUUCCUUAUAAGGUUUGUAUAAAAUAUUAAUUACCACUAAAAAAAUUAGUAAUUCGGAAAACUAACAAUUUUAUAAUGUACUUAGGUGAAG